AUGGCGGUCCUGGCCUGGCUCCAGCCGGGGCUGCUGCUGGCCCUGCUGGUGGUGACAGCGAAGGUGGCCCAGGCAGCCCAGCCCGCCCGUCUGCUGAGCCUGCUCACCUCGGGCCAGGGCGCUCUAGAUCGCGAGGUGCUGGGCAGCCUGUUAAAUAUGCUGGCGGCUCGUGUGCACUGCGCCGACGGGCCGUGUGGAAAGUGCCUGUCUGUGGAGGAUGCCCUGGCCCUGGGCAGGCCUGAGGAGCCAGGGCUCUCCCCCUCACCGGUCCUGGAGUCCAGGCACAUUGCCCGCCUCAGCGCUGCUGCUGCCCUCUACCUCAGCAACCCGGAGGGCACAUGCACAGACGUCCGGGCUGGCCGCUGGGCCUCUCGUGCUGACCACCUCCUGGCCCUGCUUGAGGGCCCCGAGGCCCUGACCGCUGGCCUGAGCCAGCUGCUCCAGAGGAUCCAGGCCCAGGCUGCUGGCCGGGCCACUGCAGAGGAGGCCUGUGUAGACAUCCCUCAGCUUCUGGAGGAGGUGGUGGAGGCAGGGGCCCCUGGUAGCCCCGGCCGGGUCCUGGCUGCCGUGCUGGACCACGUCAGGAGUGGGUCCUGCUUCCAGGCCCUGCCCAGCCCUCAGUACUUUGUGGACUUCGUGUUCCGGCAGCACAGUGGCGAGGCCCCCAACAUCACACUGGCCGAGCUGGAGACUUUGAUGCAGCGCCUGGGGGUGGGUGGAGAGGACUCUGGUGACCACAGUGACCGCAGUCAUCUGGGCAGGGAUGCCAACCCCCAAGACCCUGUGACCCGUGCCUCCUCCGACAGCAACUCCAGCAUGUGGGACACAGUAUGCCUAAGUGCCAAGGCCGUGAUGGCGGUGUAUGGGAUAUCUGAGCAGACUGGGGUGUCCCCUGAGGACUGGGCCCAACUGAGCCCUGCCCUGCUCCAGCAGCAGCUGAGCGGGGCCUGCAGCUCCCAGUCCAGCACCUCCAUCCAGGACCAGCUCAGCCAGGCAGAGAAGUAUCUGUAUGGCUCCCUGGCCACUCUGCUCAUCUGCCUCUGCGCGGUGUUUGGUCUUCUGCUGUUAACCUGCGCGGGCUGCAGUGCAGCCACCCACUACAUCCUGCAGACCUUCCUGAGCAUGGCCGUGGGUGCGCUCACUGGCGACGCCAUCCUGCACCUGAUGCCCAAGGUGCUAGGACUGCACACCCACAGUGAGGACGGUCACGACCCUCAGUCCACCUGGCGCCUCCUGGCCAUACUCGGGGGCCUCUACGCCUUCUUCCUGUUAGAGAACCUCUUCAACCUCCUGCUGCCCAGGGACCCGGAGGACCCAGAGAAGAAUGGGCCAUGCAGCCACAGCGGCCACAGCCAUGGCGUGUCCCUGCAGCUGGCGCCCAGCGAGCUCCGGCAGCCCCGGCAGCCCCACGAGGGUUCCCGCGCAGACCUGGUGGCCGAGGAGAGCCCGGAGCUGCUGAACCGCGAGCCCCGGAGGAGACUGAGCCCAGAGCUGAGGCUGCUGCCCUGCCUGAUCACGCUGGGCGACGCCGUGCACAACUUCGCCGACGGGCUGGCUGUGGGCGCCGCCUUCGCGUCCUCCUGGAAGACCGGGCUGGCCACCUCGCUGGCCGUGUUCUGCCACGAGGUGCCGCACGAGCUGGGCGACUUCGCGGCGCUGCUGCAGGCGGGGCUGUCCGUGCGCCGCGCGCUGCUGCUGAACCUGGCCUCGGCGCUCACGGCCUUCGCCGGCCUGUACGUGGCGCUCGCUGUCGAAGUCAGCGAGCAGAGCGAGACCUGGAUCCUGGCGGUUGCCACCGGGCUCUUCCUCUACGUGGCGCUCUGCGACAUGCUCCCGGCCGUGCUGAACGUGCGGGACCGGCGGCCCUGGCUCCUCUUCCUGCUGCACAACGUGGGCCUGCUGGGCGGCUGGACCGUCCUGCUGCUGCUGUCGCUGUACGAGGACAACAUCACGCUCUGAUACUCCUGUCCCGGUCUCGGGCCCUUGAAUCUGACUCCCGGCCCUGGCGCCUUGGACCCUCCAG